GAGUGCGGCUAAAUUGCAUUUUCGUCUGCAAAAAUGUCAAAUAGGCACAUAUUUCAGAAAUUUGGAUAUCUAAAUGCUCCGUAUGGUCUCGGUGUUGGUCGUUAUGUAUGCCAAUUGCAGAGAGUAACUUUAAAAUUUUGUAAAAACACCGGUCCGAGUCUUGGAAUUAGGCAAUUUUUAGAACACGAUUUAAUUAAUUAUGCAAAAGAAAAUCCCGGAGUGGUAGUAUACGUUAAGCCAAGGAGGCACAAAGCUCCUCAAAUAACAGCCGAGUAUUUAAAUGGAGAUACUCACUGGAUUUGUGUCCGCAACUAUAGUCGUGACGAUAUUGUACAAUGGAUGGAAUUAUUAAAGACACAGUAUCACAAUGGCCCAGCUUUAAGAUUGCUUAAAUUAUGGAAGACAAACUUUCCUUCUAUUCAAGGACCAUGGACACCUUUUACUUUUAAAGAACCAUCUUUGAAUCAAGCUAAAUUCCCAAAUAAAAAUAUUGGUAAAGCUGAUCAGUUUGAACCUUCAGCAACAGAACAAUUGAUUAAAUUAUUUAAAGAACAACAGGAAUCUGAAAAACUUAAAGAAGAAUACGAUAAAGCUCAAGGACAUAGUGGUUAAAUGAUAGUAUUAGUAUUUGAUGUUUUACUGUAUAUAAAUGUUGUAUAAAAAUAAAGAUUUAAAAUUGGA